AUGAAAGACCUAACGGUCGACAACAUCACCGAGAACGUGAUCCGAAUCAACUCGCUCUGUGAAGACGAACGUUUGAAAUACAUUCUCGAGCGACUCGUCACACACCUCCACGACUUCGCAAGAGAAACCCGUCUUAGCACGGACGAAUGGAUGACCGGGUUGAGAUUCCUCACGGAAGUAGGCAAGAUUUGUUCGGAUGUUAGACAGGAAUACAUCCUCCUCUCAGAUAUACUAGGCCUCUCCAUCCUCGUCGACUCCAUCGACCACCCCAAACCCCCCAACAGCACCGAAGGCACAGUCCUGGGCCCAUUCCACACGCACGACGCCGAGCCCCUCACCCCGGGGGCCAGCAUCAGCCACGAUCCCGCCGGCGAGCCCCUCCUCGUCGUCUGCACGGUGAAAGAUACCCACGGGAAGCCUGUGAAAGACGUGAAGAUCGAUAUUUGGGAGACGGAUUCGACGGGCCAUUAUGAUGUGCAGUACCCCGGGAGGGAUGGACCUGACGGUCGAUGCAUUAUGACUUCUGAUGACCAGGGAGUGUUCUGGUUCAAGGCGAUCACGCCCGUCCCCUACCCGAUUCCGCAUGAUGGGCCGGUUGGGAAGUUGUUGAAGUUGUUGGGGAGACAUCCGUAUCGGCCGAGUCAUAUGCAUUUUAUGUUUGAGAAGGGGGGGUUUGAUCAUUUGAUUACGGCGCUGUAUCUCCGGAAUGAUCCCUAUGAGACUUCUGAUGCCGUCUUUGGGGUCAAGGAUUCGCUGGUCGUGGAUAUUGGUAAGGCCGGGCCGGAGUAUGCGGCCAAGUAUGGGGUUUCGGAGGAUCAUGCCCUCCUCACUUAUGACUUUGUGCUGGUGAGUGAUGAGGAGACGAGUGAGUUGAGGGCGAGGAAUUCCAAGGAGGCGUUGGAUAAGUUGGGGAGGAAGGUCAGGAUUGUUAAUGGGUUGCCGGUGCCGGAGUUGGAUUGA